GCUCCCUCCUUGUGAAAGGGAUCUUCUACAGAUUCCCGCUCGCUUCGGCUCCCGUUUCACCGAUUCCAUUCCUCCUCCCCCUUUUUUCCCUCAUCUGUAUAAAUCGAUGCUCCCACAUCCCUUCCCUUGGGAUCUCCGACUAGGGUUUGGGGAAACCCGGAACUCCUCGGGGUUUUGUUAGGGCUUUGAAAUUUCCUGGUUGGAAUUCGUGUGUUUUAGGGUUCGUUAGGAACAUGUGCUCUACUGUUGUAGUUUUGACUGGUAGUUGGUGCGAAGAAUUUGGUCAUGUAAAGUAAGACUUGCUCAGAAGUUGAUAUAUCUAUAGAGUUGUCGUCACUGAUUCAAUUUUGGAGUAUUAGAAGCCGGAAUCGGGUAGUUUCAAGGGAAUCUGUGGCUUUGAUGCGACUUGAGUGGAUGAAAUGGCGAGCACCGGGGUGGUCCAAAGGGAGGCGGAGUCACCAGGCGAGGUGGAUAGCGGGAAAGAGCCUGGUAUCUUCUCUGAUAUAGAUGGGGUUGGCUAUCCUCUGGCUGAAUCAUGGGCAACUCGCUCGUGGACAUCGCCUCGGCCAGGGUUGGACUUGGAGAAUUGUUAUACUGCACCGGUGCGAUCUAAUAGUAGUGGACUAUUGCCUAAAGGUCCAGAGCGUACCUUGCCUCGACCAAAGACAGAAAAAAAGGAAAUUCCAAAGUAUGACUUGAAAUUGGAUAGAUUGCCAGAGAGUGAAAAGAAAAAGCUAAUUGAAAACCUAGUAAAGAUCCAGAAUGAUGGUACAUUGGAGGUGGAUGUUGCAAGGACAGGCCCCGUAGCAUCAGAACUAUUGGAGCUUGAUGCCAUUGGUUCUAUUCCAGGAGAUAUUAAAGACACCAUCUUUGACUUCAGCAAAUCAAUCCCAAGACUGAAGAUUGCAAUUCUUGUGGUUGGAACAAGAGGAGAUGUUCAGCCUUUUAUAGCUUUUGCAAAGAAACUUCAGGAAUUUGGUCAUCGUGUUAGAUUGGCAACUCAUGUCAAUUUCAGUACUUUUGUAAAGUCAUGUGGUCUGGAAUUUUACCCUUUGGGUGGUGAUCCUCGAGUAAUGGCUGGAUAUAUGGCAAGAAACAAGGGUUUCAUAUUAUCAGGACCAGCAGAGAUUAAUACACAACGGAAGCAACUGAAGGAAAUAAUUGAUUCUCUACUCCCAGCAUGCACAGAACCUGAUUUAGAUUCUGGGAUGCCUUUCAGAGCUCAGGCAAUUAUAGCAAAUCCACCUGCUUAUGGCCAUUUACAUGUAGCUGAAGCUCUUGGCGUGCCUCUUCACAUCUUCUUCACAAUGCCUUGGACGCCAACUAAUGAAUUUCCACAUCCUUUCGCACGUGUUCCUCAAAGUGCAGCAUACAGGCUAUCAUAUCUUAUUGUGGACUUAAUAGUCUGGUGGGGUAUAAGGGGAUUUAUUAAUGACUUCAGAAAAAGGAAGUUGAAAUUACCUCCGAUUGCUUACUUCAGUACGUAUCAUGGAUCUAUAUCUCAUUUGCCAACAGGAUACAUGUGGAGUCCCCAUCUUGUACCAAAGCCAACUGAAACCAAAAUCUCACUUCCUUUUGCAGAUUGGGGUGCCUUGGUUGAUGUUGUUGGUUUCUGUUUCUUAAACCUUGGGACUGAAUAUCAACCUGAAAAGGAGUUUGUGCAGUGGAUUGAACAGGGACCAAAACCUAUAUACAUAGGAUUUGGUAGCAUGCCACUUGAAGAUGCAAAGAAGACUACGACUAUCAUUUUGGAGGCACUAAGAGAGACAGGUCAAAGGGGGAUUAUCAGCCGUGGUUGGGGAGAUCUUGGAAGUUUGUCUGAAGUCCCUGUAGAUGUCUAUCUUCUUGGGGAUUGCCCACACGAUUGGUUGUUCCCUCAUUGCGCUGCAGUGGUUCACCAUGGUGGAGCUGGGACAACGGCUUCAGGAUUGAGAGCUGGGUGUCCAACCACGAUUGUACCUUUCUUCGGUGACCAGUUUUUCUGGGGUGAGAGGAUUCAUGCAAUAGGAGUUGGACCUGCACCGAUUCCCAUAUCUGAGCUCAAUGUUGAACGCCUUUCAAGUGCUAUAGAAUUUAUGCUUGACCCAGAGGUUAAGAUGUGUACCAUGGAAUUAGCAAAGCAAAUAGAGAAUGAAGAUGGUGUUGCCACUGCUGUAGAUGCAUUCCAUAAGCAUUUGCCUCCUGAAUUACCGAUUCCUCCUGCUUCAUUGGAUGAUGAACCUCCAAAUCCCAUACGAUGGCUGCUUCAGUUCUUUGAGAAAUGGUGCUGUCUUCCAUGCAGUUCAUAGUCCUUUCUGAACUGUGUGUGCAUAGUUGUUCAUUAUUCUUGGUUCUUUGCUAGUCAUCAUUUGUUAUAUUCUUUUUUGUGAAUAUGUGCAAUAAAAGAUAAUUAUAUAGUUUUGAUCUUUCUUGAAUGUUUAGAGAUUCAUGAGAUAUGACUUACAAUAGAAUUUUGGUGUGUAAUACUGUCAGGAGUGCACAUUGUCACUUUGUAAACAACUCCAUCCUCUAUGGUCUAAGUUGGUUGGUUUUAGCA